AUGUCAAACGGCAAACACGGCAUAGUGCCACUCGUCCACAGUACUAAUAUGACGAUCAUGACUUUUACUUCAAAAUUGGCAUUAGCACUCACGGCGGUUGCCACCAGUAGUACCGCGCUCUCCAUUCGCGACACAGAUGUUCAAUGUAUCACGCAGCAGGAGAUGGUGGACGCAAUCGACGCCUGGACCAAUGCGGUAUACCAAGUAGGUGAAGGAUAUCGUGACAAUGGGUGUGACGGCGCAUUGCCAGCGGCUGAGGGAGCUAUCGCAGCAGCCUAUGCAUACGAGUAUGCAACAGUGCACUUUAAGCCUACAGUGACCACGGCCGAGCCCGGCGUAGUCAUGCGCCCUACUGCGGGAGGUGCGCUCUCGUAUUUUGUAGGAGAGUGUGCCGGUGACGAGCAUAUUGAAGGCGAUGGCGGUUUUGGCAUUUCGGGCGGAACGGGAUGGACCGAAAUCGUGUGGGGGGACGGAGAGGAAGGUACGAGCGGCGGUGUAGUAAAUGGGACUGAAGGUGCGAAUGGGUUAGUAGCUAACUUCACAGCCGAAUACGGGGCCGGCGGUGCAGCACCCUUCACUUUCAGUACAGAUGACUCGAACUGUGAGCAGGCCAUUGCCUCUGGACCAAUGUGUUUCAGAAAUGAAAACGCAGCAGUGUGUGUGGAUAAGACCUUUGUGUAUACGCGAUCCCCGAGUAAUGAGACACUUCCCAUUCUGAUGACCGUACACCACUCCUCGUCAGCUGUAGAAGGAAGCGGCAACUCUAAAGCCGAGUACGAAAAUUAAACUCAUGAUAAGAGCUAUCUUUGUUGUCGUACCGAAAGCAUUUAGAAGAUACGUACUAUCCUAACGACUAGCGAGUAAAUGCAAGUGGCGAAUGGAGCAAUAGGUAGACUAUCCAACUUGAUUACAAUUAGAGUAUAAUAACAUGAAAUAAAUAUAUAUGAAUAAUCAGUAGAUACAAGCGGG